UGUGACCAGAGUGGUAGGGUGAUUCAACAGGACGGCCAAAGUGUACAGUUCUGGCAACCUCACAUGGAAGGGCAGGUGGUCCAAGCAAUGGUGAACCAAAGGCCCAUACCAAGCUCUGCCUCUGAGAUGUCCUUGAAAAACAGUGAGAAUCAGUUGGGGUCCAGGAUCAUGAAGAAGCAAAACUCUAUGCCUCGUCUUAGGGAUGGAUCGGAGGAGGAGCUGGUGAGGAGGAUUGCAGAUAGCUGCGUGCAGACGGACGAUGAAGAGGGUGAGGACAGGUACAUGAACCGCAGGGGCAGGAGAACCAGGCGGAUCGCCGACUGCAGCGUCCAGACUGACGACGAGGAUCAGGCAGCUUGGGAGCAACCGGUUAGGCGCAGGAGAUCACGCUUAUCCAAACAUUCAGACUCUAGCGGCGAGGUCAAAUCCGAUGGAACCGCCAAAGUGUCCUCCUCCAGCAUAGCCAUUCAGACCACCAACGACUCCUCAUGCCAGACUGAGGCCGACCAGUUGGGCAGGAUCUCACCUGCAAUCCACAUCACUGCGGCUGAGACAAAUAAGGUGGAGCUGCUUCACUACAUCUCUGCCCCAGAGAGAACCCAUACGGGUGAGAGCUUGGCCUGUCAGACAGAACCGGAGGCCCAGUCUCAGGGGGUGGUGGCUCCUCAGCUCAGCGUCCCCACCACCAUCAGCCCAUAUUCCACCUCUAUGCAGAUGGUGGGCUCCACCCCACCUCCUCCCCAAGGGGUGGCUAAGUUCGAAAGGAGGAAACCCGACCCUCUGGAAAUCAACUACCAAAGCCAGCAGCAGAACGAGUCCCCGUCUCGCCAGCCUCCCAAGUCUCCCCAGGUGCUGUACUCCCCUGUGUCCCCGCUGUCGCCCCAUCGGAUGCUGGAAACCACCUUCGCCUCCCAGGAGAAGCUCAACAAGGCGCACGUCACGCCCCAGCAGAAAGCUUUCACUGCAGAGUCUCCUCAGCGUCACCAGAGCCUCCCCAGACCUAUCAAGAGUGUGCAGCGCUCCAUGUCGGACCCCAAACCCCUCAGCCCCACCCCAGAAGACCCUGCCAAGAACAGGUUCUCCCCUUACCAUCAGCAGGCCCUCUCCAACAGUCAGAUGGCCACCCUGCAGCAGCAGCAGAACUCUCUGAUGAGAAAGGUGAAGAGGACCCUACCCAGCCCACCUCCAGAGGAGAGCCCUCUCCCCAUCGUCACCCCAGCCAUGUCCCACAUGUACAGCAGCUCCCCGGGGAUGCAGCCCCAGAGGGUGCUGCCCAGGCCUGCCCAGGGGGUCACCAAGGCCGGCCUGCUGAGCGAGCUGAAGGCCGUGGAGCAAGAGUCCACCAAGCUCCGCAAGCAGCAACAGGAGCUAGAGGACGAGGAGAAGGAGAUUGACGCCAAGCUGCGGUACCUGGAACUAGGCAUCCAUCAGCGCAAGGAGACCCUGGUGAAGGAGAGGGAGAGGAGGGAGCUGGCCUACAUGCGCUGCAUGGGCGACGCCCGCGACUACAUGUCAGACACCGAGCUCAAUAACCUGAGGAUGGUGGCAGCCACGGGAACGUUCGACGGUAAUGGUCUGCUGACGAGGCCCAGCACGGCGCCGCUGAGCCAGUUCCCCAACGACCUCGGCCCAGCCUCCCAGUACCCGCCCACCUCCUCCUACAUGGCCUAUCAGUAUCCACAGUGCCAGCCCACGCCCACACAGCAGCCAACCGCUGCUUACCAACAGAUCGGUUUCCAGUCCCCUCAAUACCCUAUAGCCUCCCAGCCCCAGCCAGGCACCUUCCAGCCCCACCCACCCCAAGGCCCAGGCUACCAGACUCAGCCAAGCUACCCAGCCCAUGGGGGCUACGGCCAGACUUCCUACCCGACAGACCUGGGCAUGCAGCAGCAUGGCCACCAGGGUUUCCAGCCUCCCAACCCCUCUAUCCCGGGCCAGAACCUCCCCUACCCAGGCCAGAGCCCAUAUUCUGGCCAGGGCAUGUCCUUCCUGCCGCAGGCUGAGAUCCUCACGGUCCACCAGAGGCCUCAUCAGACCUCCUUGGCUGACCUGGAACAGAAGUUGCCCACCAACUACGAGGUGAUCAGUAACCCUGCUGUGUCGGUGGCCACAUCAGCUCCAGACACCGGCUUUGGCUCAGUCUAUGCCUCCAACACCAUGCCCAAUGCCUAUGGGCAGUACCGCCCCCCGGAGCCAGGCCUGACACACGGUGUGGAUAGCCCCACGUCGUCCUACGCUGCAGACGGCCUCUACACCGCAAACCUGGAGCAGAACAUCCCCAGGAACUAUGUCAUGAUCGACGACAUCAGCGAGCUGACCAAAGAGAACACAGGCUCGUCUGUUGACGUUCUGGGACAUCCUGUUGCAGGACGCUAUGGUGAGAAUGGCCCUGCGCACCCAACUGGCUAUGGCAAUGAGCCUGUGGACCCGUACAUGUCUGCAGGCCCCACAGGCUACCACCAGCAGGGCUCUGUGGACCCCCGGACCAGCACCACUAUAGGUGGUGGGGGAUCUUCUUAUUACUAUGACGACUAUAAUAAACACCCCAGCACAACACGACCGGGGACCCAGAAACACCCAUCCAAGAACCUGGCUCCCGCAGUUGUCUCCUCCGGUAAGCGCAGCAAGCACAGAAAGCAGGGCAUGGAGCAGAAGAUCUCCAAGUUCUCCCCCAUCGAGGAGGCACGGGACGUGGAGUCCGACCUGGCCUCUUACACCAUGACCACCUCCACCGGCGGCAGCUGCACUGUGGUGUCUCGGUCCGGGGUGAAGAAGAGCGGCUAUGACCAGCGGAAGUACUAUGGUGGCCACCCGGGAAGCCGGGAAGCCCUGGAAGAAGAGGACCGGAUGUACGGCUCGGGGAGGUCCCGGUCUACUGGCUAUGGCAUGGACAAGAUCUCCUCCAGGGACUCCUCCAGGAGCAAGUCCUACGAGAGGGAAGCCAUGGAGCGGUCUCAGAGAGGCGGUGGUGGACGGCCCGGACUGCGCACCCAUAACUCAGAGGAGGAGAGCCCACUCAGCCCCGUGGGGAAGCCUGUGGGGGUCGGACGAGGUGGCACAGGGGUACCAGUGGACCCCCAUGACGUGAGGAACCAGUAUGGCUCCAGCCACUCCCUGCCGGAUGUCCAGGACCACCACAUGAAGGACCUGCCCAGGAGCCACGUGUACAAGCCAGAUGACCCAUAUCUCGUAGACGAUCAGCACGCUGCUGUGUCGGACAGUGAAGGUAACUGGUGCUGAAU